CAAAAUCUUGAUUCAUAUUUUAUUUAAACAACACUCCAUGAUUUCUCAAGAACAAGAAGCUCGAAAACCAGUUCAUAUUUUCUUUUCUCUCUUCAUUUAGAGAAUUAUGGAGGCGAGUAAAUCUCCACAGCACCGCCAUCAAGAAGUUCAAGUAGAAAUUCCGGUUCAUAAGUCAACACAGCAGGAACAGGAUGAGGAUGAGGAUAAAAUCAGACGGAGAUGGUGGUUAUCUGUGUUUAUGUGCAUUGGAUUAGUGAUAAUCGGCCAAUUCUGCGGUAAAAUUCUACAGAAAACUUUCGUCGACGAAAGAGGAAGAGGGACAUGGAUGUAUGCACUUGUUCAAACGGCAGGAUUUCCUCUCUUAAUCCUGCCACUUCUCUUCUUCUCUUUCUCUAAAAAUCCCAGACCUAAUAAUCCCCCCAUCACCCCCAUCACCCCCACCACCACCACCACUGGCCAAUCUCUCUUCAUCCUCUGUAUAAUUUACUUGUUGCUCGGUGUUCUCUUAGCUGCUUCAACUCUGUUCUACUCAAUUGCGAUUCUCUACCUUUCUCUCCCUAACUUGACUCUAAUGACAGCAGUCCAGUUAGGUUAUACCCUAAUAUUUACUUUCAUAAUCAAUCGCCAAAAAUUGACUAUCUGGAUUUUAAUCUCAGUCGUUAUCGUGACUGGAUCUGCCGUCCUAGCUAUUCCCGAUUUCUCCUUUCCGACUAGGCCUGUUGAAGGACUCCACGCGGGAAACGCCAUCGGUCAUUCGUUCAUGGUGGGUUCGUCGGCUGCUUUCUCUCUCCUCCUCUGUCUAAUAAAACUCAGCUUCGACAAAGUGAUACUGAAGAGGAACACGAAGAGAAGUGUUGAGAUUAUACUAGAGAUGCAGAUUUUUACAGCGUUAAUUGGUUCGUUGAUUCUGGUAAUUGGGUUAUUGGCAACAUCGGAGAGGACGACGACGGCCAGUUUUGUCAGAAAUUUCAACAAGGGGACGGCGAGUUAUGUGGUGUUACUGGUUGGAGCUGGAGUAGGUUGGCAGGUGUUCUGGGUUGGGGCGGUGGGUCUGGUGCUGUUGGUUUCUCCAUUGUUUUCGAAUUUGGUGAAUGUGUUAGUGCUGCCAUAUUUGACCGUUGCUGGAGCUCUGUUUUUUGAAGAACCGAUGUAUUGGAUUAAGAUUUUGGCCAUGGGUUUAGCUGUUUUGGGCUUGGCUUCUUAUCUCCAUGAGCUUCGUCGUUUUAAAAGGGCUCAUGUUUAAUUUUCUGUUUGUGAAGUUUGAAUUUUGUUCUGUAAAUUUAUUUGUUCUUCCUUUCUUUUUAAUCAAUUCCAUUUGUGUAUUGUAAAGAAAAAAUUCAUUUGUGAACGAAUGUAGAUUAUAAUUUUGUAUUAAACCCUUUGUUCAUUGGUUUUUCCUCA